GGGGAGGGGGGGUAGAAAGCGUCUGAUUAUUUACUUUUAUUUCUUCUAUUUAGGAGACUGUAACUUGGAUUAAAUACGUUUCCCUUAUUGUGAAAACAAACAUGGUCAGAGUUAUCACAAGCAUUUAGUGAGGCAUUAAGAAAUAGAAGGUGUUUGCGUUUACAACGCAGCCGUCGUUCAUUGCGGUUAUUUAACGGGAUAUAGGAGGCGCGUUUAGCGGCACCGGGGAUACCGGGCAUCGGGGGACCGUGAACUCCAACAUGUGUUUAUUAAAAUAACCGUUCCGCCGAGUGCCAGGCCGCGAAAAGCUAAGCGUCGUCGUGGAUCCCGCCCACCGGCGCCCGGCGGCCCUCCGAUCCGCUCCCUUUGUGUUCGUGCGCAUCCGGUCCGAAUGAUGACGCGAAAAAAGAAAAGAAAAAAAGGAAAGAAAGACAAGAGGCGAAACUCCUCGUGAGCGCUGCCCUAGAAUAUAGUCGGGUUUUUUUGUGAAUGUGCGGAUGUUGGUGACAAAUGCGUGGAGCUGACCGCUUGCAUUUGGAGAUACUUGAAAUACACGGGAUUGUUUUAUUUCUGGCAUCGGGGGUGGCGGGCUUCGCCGCCCGCUUACGGCUGGCUACAGCGUAUCUCCCCGUUUGAUCGCGGACGAUGGCGACGCCGGCGCUGUACGCCUGCACCAAGUGUAACCAGCGCUACCCGUUCGAGGAGCUUUCCCAGGGACAGCAGCUCUGUAAGGAGUGUCGGAUAGCCCACCCCAUAGUGAAGUGUACAUAUUGCAGGUCGGAGUUCCAGCAGGAGAGCAAAACAAACACAAUCUGUAAGAAGUGUGCUCAGAAUGUCAAGCAGUUUGGCACCCCCAAGCCGUGUCAGUACUGCAACGUUAUCGCCGCCUUCAUCGGCAGCAAGUGUCAACGCUGUGCCAACUCGGAGAAGAAGUACGGCCCCCCGCAGACCUGCGAGCAGUGCCGCCAGCAGUGCGCCUUCGACCGCAAGGAGGAGGGUCGCAGAAAGGUGGAUGGUAAGCUUCUCUGCUGGCUCUGCACCCUGUCCUACCGCCGCGUCCUGCAGAAGGCCAAGGAGCAGCGGAAAGGCCUGGGCUCCUCGCGGGCCAACACCUCCUCCCUGAGUGAGAAGGAGCCCAGGAGCAAACAGCACCGCCGUCAUCACCAGCACCGCCAUGAGCACCAGCAUCACGGCGGCUCCCACAAGUUGGGAAGCAUGAGCCCAGAACAGGAGCAGGGACACUGGAAACAGCGCCAUAAGUCAUCCUCGAUCCAGAAUGAAACCCCAAAGAAGAGACCCAAACUAGAGAUAAAGCCGUCCAGUGGGGACAGUAGUUCCAUUAGCCAAUCAGUGGACUCGGGUGGAACAGACCAUUUCAUUCUAAUCAGCCAACUGAAGGAGGAAGUGAUGUCAUUGAAGAGGUUGCUGCAACAAAGAGACCAGAUGAUACUAGAGAAGGAGAGAAAGCUGACUGAGCUGAAGGCAGACUUCCAGUACCAGGAGAACAACAUGAGGUUGAAGAUGAACAACAUGGAGAAAAUGCAUAAGGAGGCCAUGGAGCAGCAGCAGGCGAAGAACCGGGAGCUGAUGAAGCAAGUUGCCUCGCUGUCCAAAGGCAGGAAGCUGGAGAAAGGCUCGUGCACGCUGAUCUCACCCUGAGCCGCCUCGUGCACGCUGAUCUCACCCUGAGCCGCCUCGUGCGCGCUGAUCUCACCCUGAGCCGCCUCGUGCGCGCUGAUCUCACCCUGAGCCGCCUCGUGCGCGCUGAUCUCACCCUGAGCCGCCUCGUGCGCAUGGCCAGCUCCCCUGCUCUGCCGUGAGCGGCUCAGCCUUCACAUGCAAACACGCGACUCACACAGCUUUCUCUGAGAAACGCAGCCACCCGCACAGACUUCAUAUGCAAGCUAUGAGAAGAAGCUUCCAGCUGCCGUCUUACGGACUGCAGCAUGGAUGGAUUUUAAAGUGUUACCCCUUUUAUAAAGAAAAGACUGAGUUCUUGUGUGUACAAUUUACAGGAUAUGUUCAGAGCAAUGCAAAACUUAACUUUUUAAAUGCAAGAAGAAAA